ACUUCAAGGUAGUUCAGAUAGCAAUACUACGCGCUACAUAACGCACCGGAUCUCUUCUAACCGGUGGAAAAUUGUCACGGUUUACAUUCGAUUAAUUUUUUUAGGGUCUGUGAUUGCAAACUUGACAUUUCCCCAAAUAAGAAUUAUUAGGUUGAAAAGAAAUGAAAGGGUUGCAAGUGCAAUGUCUUUACUUUCUUGUGUUAAAUUCAGUAUUGUCUGUCUCGUUUUUGGAAGAGGACCACUCCGUUCAUACCCUUGAGAAUUUGUCAGUAAGUCCAACUGGCCUCACAACCGAACACCACGUCUAACCACACCAGCCCAGGACCUCCACAUCCGGCUUCUUCACCUGCGGGAUCGUCUGAGACCAGCCACUCUGACAGUUGAUGAGUGUUUCUGUCUAAUAAAGCCCUUUUGUGGGAAAAAACUCAUUCUGAUUGGCUGGGUCUGGCUCCCCAGUGGGUGGGCCUAUGCCCACCCAUGGCUGUGCCCCUGCCAGUCAUGUGAAAUCCACAGAUUAGGGCCUAAUGAAUGUAUUUCAAUUGACUGAUUUCCUUAAAUGAACUGUAACUCACUGAAAUCGUUGCAAUUGUUGCAUGUUGUAUUUAUGUUUUUGUUCAGUAUAGAUAGGCUGCAGAAACUCAAAAGUUUUACACAAAACUUGUUGUAGGUCUUCUGCAAUUUUGAAGUAAGACAUAGAUGUUGUCAGAUUGCAUAUGAAUACAAAGGCUAUGGUCUAUUUAUUAUUCAAAAUAUAACAUAUUUGUGUCUGCUUUAACCGUCAUGGAAUGCAACCUCCAUUCAUUGCAGUGCAGUAGCUUAGUGCUUACCUAUAGCCUUGGCCAAGGAGUACGCUGACCCACUGUGAAUGCAGCUACUUUUAUACCCUGUGUGAUUUGUCAGAGCUAGAGGAACAAAGCUGGGAAAAGCUGUGGUUUCUAUGGGGUCUGUCUGACCAACUGAACCCUAGUAGCCCCCCUGGUACUGAGGGGCCUGUGCAGUCAGGCAUCCCAACCACCACCAGUGUGAUUUAAGAUUAGAAAUAGCAGCAUGGAUCAAAACAUUUUAUAAUCCAUAGGCCUACAGCUACUUUCCAUUGUCUUGCAUUCUGCCUGUCUGGUUUAUGGUCCAAUUAAUAUACAAAUAUUUCUAAAGCCAAUGUGUUGUGUUCACAUUCCUCUCUUAGAUAAUUUAAUGGACAACUUCAAGGACUUGUUUCAAAAGAACGAUGCCACUCCUCAUGCCUACACCAAAUUCUCCCUCCGGAAGCCUUUGAUGCCAGAAGAUGACAUCUGUUACAUCAUCCCCAGAAACCCAGAGUCUCUCAAAGAAUGCACUUUCAACAGCACCUCUAAAACUUUUCUUGUGAUCCAUGGCUGGACAGUGAGCGGCUUGUUUGAGAGCUGGGUGGCCAAACUGGUGUCAGCGCUAUAUGAGAGAGAGCAGGAUGCCAAUGUGAUCGUGGUGGACUGGCUGCACACAGCCCAGAACCACUAUCCUGUAGCCGCCCAGGACACCAAGAUGGUGGGACAAGAGAUCGCUCACUUCAUUGACUGGCUUGAGGAGGCAACCAAUAUCCCUCUUGAUAACCUCCACCUCAUUGGCUACAGUCUGGGUGCUCAUGUGGCAGGAUUCGCUGGGAGUCACGCCUCUAAUAAAGUGGGCAGAAUAACUGGUCUUGACCCAGCCGGGCCAGACUUUGAGGGAGAGCAUGCUCACCACCGCCUGUCCCCAGAUGAUGCUCACUUUGUGGACGUUCUUCACACCUUCACACGGGGCUCUCUGGGCUUCAGCAGCGGCAUCCAGCAGCCUGUGGGUCAUGUGGACAUAUACCCCAAUGGAGGCAGUUUCCAGCCAGGCUGCAAUCUGCAAAGCACCCUGGAGACUAUUUCAAAAUAUGGUCUCUUUGCCAUCACUGACAUUCCCAGAUGUUCCCAUGAGCGUUCCAUUCACCUGUUCAUCGACUCCCUGGUCAACGAGCAGGAGGCCAGCAUGGCAUAUCGCUGCGGGAGCAACGAUAUGUUCGACCGCGGAAUGUGUCUCAGCUGCCGCAAGAACCACUGUAACACCGUGGGCUACAACAUCAGAAAGAUUCGCAUGACACGCAGCAUCAAGAUGUACACCAAGACCAAAGACUCCAUGCCGUUCAGAGUCUAUCAUUACCAGCUGAAGAUCCACUUCUCCAGCAAGGUGGACAGGUCUGAGAUGGAGCCUUCACUGACAGUCUCUCUGAUUGGAACCAAAGGAGAAGUUGAAGACCUCAAGCUGACACUAAAGGAGAAGAUAACGACCAAUAAGACCCAUUCCUUCCUGUUGGUAGCGGAGAAAGACAUAGGUGACCUCCUGAUGGUAAAGUUCAAGUGGCAGGAGUCUACUAACUGGUCAGCCUCGUCCAUGCUCAAAAUGGUGUCAUCUUGGUGGUCAGGUGACUCUGCGGAUUCUGAAGUGGAGGUUCACAAAAUACGCAUCAGAGUCGGGGAGACACAGAAAAAGAUGUUGUUCUGCAUUAAAGGUCCUCAUGCCCUCAGCUUACAACAGGAAGUGACAUUUGUAAAAUGUAAAAUUAAUAGAAAAAAACAAACAUAAAAAAGAGUUAACCUCAGGAAUCGCUAAUAUUGAAUGUAUGGAGCAACAGACAAUUGCCCUCCUUCCACUGCCAAAGCACUUAGAAAAAUAAUGUAUGCAGCUGUAAAGGAUUUUGUCGUUCAAACUAUACAAAUACAUUUCCACCUUGUAUAUAGUGUACAGAAAUGUGUUAUUACAAAUGUGUGAAUAUUUGUAUUUAUUUUUUAAGCACUGCUUUUGUGCCACAUCAACUACGAUGUGGUGCUAAAGGAUAGUGAAUGCCAUCGUCUUUGCUGAUUUUCUGGCAACCCCAAAGAGAUGGUUCUUAUACAAAGUCGUUGGUGCCUCUGACUGACAGCGACCCAUAGACAGAAUGAGAAGAGGCCUCGAGGUACCUGCAGUUAAAACCUCAUGUGUUGCCUAUGUUAUGCUUAAACUGACAGAGCAUUCACCUUUGUCGUCCUCAAUACUAUGUGAUUGUAGGAUCGGACUCAGUGUGCCUUAAAAUAACUUAUUGUCAAUAAACUUGUCUUAACCUACUGCA